UCGUUAUAAUACGAUUAAUUUCUACAAACCAGCUUUUUUAAGUUUUUCCAUUUUAUCUCAUUUACAUCUGCAGAACAAUAUGAUUACGUAACCAUUUGCUCUGUUCUAACGUCCCCAUCCUGUACAAAAUGUCAAAAACUGGUACAUGUGACAUUUUCACCUCUGCGUCCAGGUUCAAUGUAUCAAACUGCUUAUGAAAAGUAACUAAUUACAUAAACAAUCUCCAAAAUUUCCUUUACCGCCGUUCGAAAAUCACAAUAAANAAACCCGCCAUGGGAUUAGAAGUCGAUCCCGCCUUCAUCCAGGCCCCCGAACACCGGCCCGAACCCGAAUCCAUCGAGGCGGACAACAUCCCCCUAAUCGACCUCUCGCCCCUCAGCUCGCCGGAGCCCGACCCGGCCGCCCUCCGGCAACUGAUCGACGCGAUCGGCGGCGCGUGCGAGAAUUGGGGCUUCUUCCAGGUCGUCAACCACGGCGUGCCGCCGGAUUCCCUCCGGCGAAUCGAAUCGGCGGCCCGAGAUUUUUUCGCGCUGCCGAAGGAGGAGAAGAGGAAGGUGGCCCGGGACGAGGUGAACCCGACGGGGUACUACGAUACGGAGCACACGAAGAACGUGAGGGAUUGGAAGGAGGUAUUUGAUUUUACAGUGCAGGUGCCGACGGUGAUUCCGGCAAAUCACGUCCCCGGCGACGAGGGUUUGAAGGAGAUGGUCAACCACUGGCCGGAAUAUCCUCCUAAAAUGAGGAAAAUAUGUGAAGAGCAUGCAGCAGAAAUACAGAAACUGGCAUUCAAGCUUCUAGAACUCAUAUCCCUGAGCUUGGGCCUGGCCCAAGAUCGACUCAAUGGAUUUCUCAAGGACCAAACCUCGUUCAUCCGGCUCAACCACUACCCACCAUGCCCGAUUUCAGACCUGGCCCUUGGCGUGGGCCGGCACAAGGAUGCUGGAGCCCUGACAAUACUGGCCCAAGACGAUGUUGGGGGCCUGCAAGUGAAGAGGAAGUCUGAUGGGCAGUGGGUUCUUGUUAAGCCCACCCCUGAUGCCUAUAUCAUCAAUGUUGGUGACAUUAUUCAGGUUUGGAGCAACGAUAAAUACGAAAGUGUGGAACACAGAGUGAAAGUGAAUUCAGAGAAAGAGAGGCUUUCCAUACCCUUCUUCUUCAACCCGGCAUUUUACACUAUGGUCAAGCCACUAGCCGAGCUUUUGAACGAUCAAAGCCCGGGUAAGUAUAGGGCUUACAAUUGGGGAAGGUUCUUUACGACUCGAAAGCUGAGUAACUUCAAGAAACUUGAUGUUGAGAAUAUUCAGAUACACCACUUCAAGAAUUAGUAGUAAAGCUAUCACCUUUUGGGGUUUGGUCCUGUAAAAUCUUGCUUAUGUUUUUGUUUAUAUGGUGGGAGCUAGGUGUUUGAGGCUAUAUGUGUUGUGAAUAAAUAAGUUCUAUUUGGAAAUAAGAUUAUGUUUGUACCAUGUUGUGCUUUUGUCGAUGAUGAGUAUUUUGUGAAUAGAUGAGGUUUGCAUUGAGGAUUUUGUUGUCUCUACAUGUUUCUACAUUUUGUCUCGUUUAUCAAUAUUAAAAUUUGAAAGUUCAAGUCUUAACUAUCUAAUAAGCUGAAUUGUGCUCAUAAGUGGUUGUUUGCUUUGUUUAACAAUGUAAUAAACUAAAGAGUAUGUAAAAGUGAUGACAAUAAUGAUUUCAUUGCUUAAAAUGCAAUAAAUAGGGUACAUGCAAAAUUUCUAAUUGGUAAAGAUUUACUCGAAGAAUUAAUAAUUU